ACACAGAGUUUCGGUUCCCUAAUGAAAGUUUUAAUUUGGGACCUGAGCUUUAACACGAGAAAGGAGAAGCGCAAGUACACUAGUACGAGACGGGGAUACCAAGAAAGAAUACGCAGUUUUAUUCGUGCACAUGACAAUACAAUAGCCCUGAAGGGCGACAGAACGACGCCGAUCCUGACAUAAUAAUGAUGGCGGAGGCCGACGCGGAAGAGAACGUGUACCGUGAGGCUGUGGUGGAGUCGCCUGUUGCGCCCCCUAAUGGCGACAUUAAUAUUGAAGACCUGUUACCCGACGGUCCUCAGGGGAAUAUUCAAGGACAGAUGGAGGAGUUCCUGGGCCCCCAGCCGGAGUACGAUGAGGAAGAGGAGGAGAAGAAGUAUUACAGGAGGAAAAAGCUGGGCGUGGUGAAGAACGUCCUGGGGGCCAGCGUCGGGGGCAUGAUCAUAUACAGUGUCUACAUGGGACUGUUGCAGAUGCAGCUGAUCCUCCACUAUGAUGAGACGUACAGGGAGGUGAAGUAUGGUAACCUGGGUCUGGAGGACAUCGACAAGAAGAUGCUGAUGGGGAUCAACGUUACACCCAUCAUAGCCCUGUUAUACACCCCCAUACUCAUCAGGUUUCUGGGCACCAAAUGGAUGAUGUUUCUGGCAAGUGGAAUUUACGCUCUCUUCGUCUCAACCAAUUACUGGGAGCGAUACUACACCCUGGUACCAUCGGCUGUGGCCAUUGGUGCAGCCAUUGUCCCGCUGUGGGCGUCAUUAGGGACCUACAUCACAAGGAUGGCACAACAGUACUAUGAGUAUGUGAACUAUAAGGAGGAUCACGUUCAGGAACAGAAGAAACUACCCAAGGGGGUGUGUCAUCGCUAUGUCAUCAUCUUCCAAUCCGUGUUCUUCAUCAUCUUCCAUCUCAGCCUGGUGUUUGCAGAGUUCCCCCAGCGCCUCUUCCUCCACCAGUUCCUUAGUGACUACAACCACACACUGUACAACGUUAAACACUGUGGUGCGGAGGGCAGUGGUAUGAUCGAGGGUUUCAACAGGACCGUCCUGAAGCACCUCCCUCGCUCCCUGCUGCUCAUCCAGGUGGAGAGUGUUCUCAUGGGGGCCGCCUUCCUCUCCAUGAUCAUCUUCCUGGCAGUGUGCGGGGCUGCGUACCGCCCUACAGAGGAGAUCGAUCUGAGGAGUAUCGGCUGGGGGAACAUCUUCCAGUUGCCCUUCAAACACCUGAGAGACUACAGGCUGAGACUCCUCAUCCCUUUCUUCAUCUACAGUGGACUGGACUCACUCUUCUCUGUCACGGGACUCACUCUGUCGUAUGGUGUGUGUACGGUGGGUCUGGAGUGGCUGUAUCUCCUGGUGAUGGUCUAUGGUCUGUCCUGCUCCCUGUUCUCCUGCCUGUCCCUGUCCCUCCUCAGGCUGCCACGCUACGUCUCUCUGCUAGGGGGCGCUGUGAUCCACGGUCCUCUGCUAGUGUUCCUGCUGUUCUGGUCCCCGGCUCCACGCUCACCUGAUCAACUGCCUUACCUGCUGGUGGUGAUCGCCCUCUGGGGAAUGGGGUCUGCAUUGAAUAAGACUGGACUCAGCAUUCUCCUGGGUAUGUUGUAUGAAGAUAAAGAGAGACUGGACUUUGUCUACACCAUCUACCACUGGUGGCAGGCUAUCGCCAUUUUCAUAGUCUACCUGUGGACUGGACUCAUCAUGAGGGCCAAACUCUCCAUUCUAUUGGUCAUCUUGCUGCUGGCGUGCUUCUGCUAUUGGACGAUGGAGCGACGACUGGCCAAGAACAUGCAUUUCAGACUGCCUCGCAUUCCCCGCCCCAAACACAAGGUCAAAGGUUAUCGUUACCUGGAGGAGGAAAACUCAGAUGAGUCGAACUCGGAGGAGAGUGAUGAGGAUGAUGAUGAAGAGCACCAGGAGGAGGUGAUCAGGGAGGACUUUGGGGGAGACGCAGGGUCGCAGGGCUCUGAUUCGACUAGGGAGAGGAGAGGAGGGGCUAGGGGACGGCGCAGGAGGAGAGACGAUGAUUAUGAGCAAGCGGGGGAAAGGGAGGAGAGAGAGAAGGAGGGAGAGAGAGGGAUAGAGAAAGAGUGAAAGAGCGAAAAAUAGUUAGAGAGACAGAGAGAGAGCGAGUCCUUUAGCUAUCCUCUAGGUAUCCUCUAAGUAUCCUCUAGGUGUCCUCUAGCUAUCCUCUUGGUGUCCUCUAGCAAUCCUCUUGGUGUCCUCUAGCUAUCCUCUUGGUGUCCUCUAGCUAUCCUCUAGCUAUCCUCUAGGUAUCCUCUAGCUAUCCUCUUGGUGUCCUCUAGCUAUCCUCUUGGUGUCCUCUAGCUAUCCUCUAGGUGUCCUCUAGGUAUCCUCUAGCUAUCCUCUUGGUGUCCUCUAGCUAUCCUCUAGCUAUCCUCUAGGUAUCCUCUAAGUAUCCUGUUGGUGUCCUCCAGCUAUCCUCUUGGUGUCCUCUAGCUAUCCUCUAGCUAUCCUCUAGCUGUCCUCUAGCUGUCCUGUAGCUAUCCUCUAGCUAUCCUCUACGUAUCCUCUAGCUGUCCUCUAGCUAUCCUCUAGCUGUCCUCUAGCUGUCCUGUAGCUAUCCUCUAGCUAUCCUCUACGUAUCCUCUAGCUGUCCUCUAGCUAUCCUCUAGGUAUCCUCUAGCUGUCCUCUAGAUAUCCUCUAGCUGUCCUCUAGGUAUCCUCUAGCUGUCCUCUAGCUGUCCUCUAGGUAUCCUCUAGCUGUCCUCUAGGUAUCCUCUAGCUGUCCUCUAGGUAUCCUCUAGCUGUCCCCGAAGGUAUCCUCUAGCUGUCCUCUAGGUAUCCUCUAGCUGUCCCCUAGGUGUCCUCUAGGUGUCCUCUAGGUAUCCUCUAGGUAUCCUCUAGGUAUCCUCUAGCUGUCCUCUAGCUGUCCUCUAGCUGUCCUCUAGGUAUCCGCUAGCUGUCCUCUAGGUAUCCUCUAGCUGUCCUCUAGGUAUCCUCUAGCUGUCCUCUAGGUAUCCUCUAGCUAUCCUCUAGCUGUCCUCUAGCUGUCCUCUAGCUGUCCUCUAGGUAUCCUCUAGGUAUCCUCUAGCUGUCCUCUAGGUAUCCUCUAGCUAUCCUCUAGCUGUCCCCUAGCUGUCCUCUAGGUAUCCUCUAGCUGUCCUCUAGGUAUCCUCUAGCUGUCCUCUAGGUAUCCUCUAGCUAUCCUCUAGCUGUCCUCUAGCUGUCCUCUAGCUGUCCUCUAGGUAUCCUCUAGCUGUCCUCUAGGUAUCCUCUAGCUGUCCUCUAGGUAUCCUCUAGCUGUCCUCGAAGGUGUCCUCUAGGUAUCCUCUAGCUGUCCUCUAGGUAUCCUCUAGCUGUCCCCUAGGUAUCCUCUAGGUGUCCCCUAGGUAUCCUCUAGCUGUCCUCUAGCUGUCCUCUAGGUAUCCUCUAGCUGUCCUCUAGCUGUCCUCUAGGUAUCCUCUAGCUAUCCUCUAGGUAUCCUCUAGCUGUCCUCUAGCUGUCCUCUAGGUAUCCUCUAGGUACUUUCCCCAGUCCAGCUCUCUUACAUCAGUGCAGAUUAAGGAAAGGAGUUGAAUCAGAAGAAGAGACAAAACGGCUGUGUCUCAAAUGUAACCCUUUUCACUUCAUAGUGCCCUACUUUUGACCCCGAACUUUAACCCUGGUCAAAAGUUGUGCACUAUGAAUAAUGGUCCCAUUUGGAACCUAGACAAUACUGUAUGUCUAGGCUGUUGACAUGCACCUAGAGGGGGAUUGACAUAUAUAUAUAAUAAACCCAGUCAUAAUUGAAGAGGUUCAUCCACAGCAGGAUAAAACAGAGCGGUACAGGAGGAUAAAACCAGAGUGGUACAGGAGGAUAAAACCAGAGCGGUACAGGAAGAUAAAACAGAGCUGUACAGGAAGAUAAAACAGAGCGUUACAGGAGGAUAAAACAGAGUGGUACAGGAGGAUAAACAGAGUGGUACAGGAGGAUAAAACAGAGUGGUACAGGAGGAUAAAACAUUGGUGCAGGAGGAUAAAACAGAGUGGUACAGGAGGAUUAAACAGAGCGGUACAGGAGGAUAAAACAGAGCGGUACAGGAGGAUAAAACCAGAGCGGUACAGGAGGAUGAAACGAGAGUGGUACAGGAGGAUAAAACCAGAGUGGUACAGGAGGAUAAACCAGAGUGGUGCAGGAGGAUAAAACCAGAGUGGUACAGGAGGAUAAACCAGAGCGAUACAGGAGGAUAAACCAGAGCGGUACAGGAGGAUGAAACCAGAGCGGUACAGGAGGAUGAAACGAGAGUGGUACAGGAGGAUAAACCAGAGUGGUACAGGAGGAUAAAACCAGAGUGGUGCAGGAGGAUAAAACCAGAGUGGUGCAGGAGGAUAAAACCAGAGUGGUGCAGGAGGAUAAAACCAGAGUGGUACAGGAGGAUAAACCAGAGCGGUACAGGAGGAUAAACCAGAGCGGUACAGGAGGAUGAAACCAGAGCGGUACAGGAGGAUAAAACAGAGUGGUACAGGAGGAUAAAACCAGAGCGGUACAGGAGGAUAAAACAGAGUGGUACAGGAGGAUAAAACAGAGUGGUACAGGAGGAUAAAACCAGAGUGGUACAGGAGGAUAAAACAGAGUGGUACAGGAGAAUAAAACCAGAGUGGUACAGGAGGAUAAAACCAGAGUGGUACAGGAGGAUAAAACCAGAGUGGUACAGGAGGAUAAAACAGAGUGGUACAGGAGAAUAAAACCAGAGUGGUACAGGAGGAUAAAACCAGAGCGGUACAGGAGAAUAAAACCAGAGUGGUACAGGAGGAUAAAACCAGAGUGGUACAGGAGGAUAAAACAGAGUGGUACAGGAGGAUAAAACAGAGUGGUACAGGAGGAAAGAGAAGAAUGGGGGAUUUUACACAGAAGGAAAGAGGAUGAAGAGAGGACAGGAACUCAGUUUCGAAGGAUUCUUAUAACACAACUGAAAAGGGAAGAAGUUAUUUACGCCACUUCAAAUAUAAACCAGUUUCCCUCCGGUGCAUGAUCACAUGGUGUAUGGCCCAAAUGGCACGCUAUUCACUAUAUAGUGCACUCAUUUUGAAUGGCCAAAAGUAGUGUACUAUAUAGGGAAUGGGGUGCCAUUUCGGACUCGCCCAUACUGUAUAGACACCUGAAACAUAUGUGAAGUUAGGUACAUCACAGGCACUUUUGACAGGGCACAUACAGGGCUCUGGUCAAAAGUAGUGCACUAUAGAGGGAAUAAGGUGCCAUCUGGGACACAGCCUUUGUAUUUCAACAGUAUCACUGUAUUGUUAGUCAGCUGUGUUGUCAUGGUUCCUAGCUCAGGUGUCUUGAGUGGCCUACAUUUGAUGUAGUUUUUUUGUAAGGAAUUUAUUCAAUCAAUGAUUUUGAAAAAGUUGAAUUAUAGUCAUGAAUUAUAAUGAGAAUAAAUUGAUUGUAAUUGUUUUUUAUGACUGUUUUGAAGUUGUUUUCUGAGUAUAAAGCUGGUUUUGUGCCUCUUGA